AUGAAGCAUAAAGUCAAACUGGCUUUUGACCGACCCUUGUCUUUGCUUCACUCUCUUCACUCUUCUUCUGCCAUACAUCAAUCAGCUUCCGAGCAGGCUACUGGGACAAUUUCGGAUACCAAUGAAGAUAUCCUGCUUGUCUCUCCACGGCCGCGGCCGACGCCUCACCACGCCAUGGAUCUCAAUGCGGAAGCUUCAUUGGCAAGGGCUAGGACACCACCUGCAAGGCGCUCAACGUCUCCUGAACAAGUCUAUAGAGGAGUGGGGAAGCUGAUUGAUGUAUGGCAGAAGAAGAGUGAAGAGAGUGAAGCAAAGACAAGGGUCGGUCAAAAGCCUGGGGGACCGCGUCAACAAAGAAAGGAUGGCGUUUCACCCAAGGUCCCUCCUAACAAUUAA